AUGGGGAUACACACAGACACACAGAGGGUCACUUUCGUCCCUCGCAUCUCCACAGCAGUGCGUGGAGAUGCCGCACUGCCCCUUGGCCAGUCCACGCCGCCGCAGAGGGAAUCCCUGCGUGCUGCCGGGCCGGGGGCGGGCGCGGCCGGGGGGCAUCCCACCCGCCGGGCCGCCCCGUCCGACGCCGAGCUCCCCGAGGGUGGCCUGGCCGCACCAGGGAUCCGGCCGGGCUGCGCAGCGCGGGGAAAGGCAGGAAGGGAUGAAACCAUUCGCAGACUCCUUGCGGAGCGGGGGUGUGUUGUCAUCUUUGUUUUGGUUGUGUUGUUUUGUUUUGCAGGAGAUUGGGACAAUAGCUGGAGUGGAUUAUUCAUUCCCGUAGGCAAUACUUCCCUGUAUGGGCUUCAGGAUGCAGUUGGAAGCUUGGGAACAAAGCGGGCAUCGAAUGUCAAGGCUCCUUUUGAGGAAGAAAUAGUUCUGCUGGAACCCCAUGCCUGGACUUUAGAGGGCAUGGCGCAGUGGUCUGAUAUGAAAGCACUGUCCCUGCAGAUGGAAACUCUCCUCUGUAUCCUGUACCUUGCAAGAAAGGCAGCGAGGGGACACUUGAAGUAACUAAGCAUCUGGCAUCAAGCCUGAUAAUCCACUUCACACUAUAUGAAGGAAAGUUUGUUCCAAACCACAUACUUUGUGGUGCUCAAUACUGGUGUCAAACUGGUUUGAACUGUCCCAGGUCUAAAAUAAAAUCUCCAUUGUGGUAUG